UCAAGGUUUGUUGUGUUUUCGUCGUCAUGACAUUCCAGUCCUCUUCAGCCUGGAACUGUUUGAGUUCGUUACCCGGAUUUUGGGUUCAGUGAGUUGAGUUCCCCCUCUACUUUGGUCUAAUCCUAAUCACUUCAUUCCAGUCUGCAACUUCGUACUGUAUGUUUGGUCUCUUGCGUUUCACCUGUUGAAACAUUCUAUUUGAAGAUCUACAACCAUGCCUCUCAUACUCUAUGGAUUCGAGUACAGUCCUGCUGUCCGCUCAGUGAACCUGGUCAUCCACCAACUCGGUCUGGAGGCAGAGUUCAAGGUCAUUGACUUGAGUAAAAGAGAACAUCUCUCCCCUGAGUUUUCCAAGCUUAACCCUUUUCACACAGUUCCAGUUAUUGAUGAUGAUGGAUUCAUUCUUUGGGAAAGCAAAGCCAUAAUGACCUACUUAGCCUCCAAAUAUGCCAAAGACGACUCUUUGUAUCCCAAAGACCUGCAAAAGAGAGCAAUUGUAGAUCAGAGGCUUCACUACAGCAAUGAUGUGUACUACGUAGGCAGAGAAAUCUCGAGAUCCCUUGUGUUUGGAAAUAAAUCCGGGAUCACAGAGGAUGAGCUGAAAAAAGUGCAGCAGACUCAAGACAACAUUGAAAAACUAUUGGAAGGUCAAAAGUUUAUGGCAGGGGACCAUCUUACAUUGGCUGACUUUACCUACGUAACAAUGGUUGAUGUGUCGGAGGUAAUGAAUCCCUCACAAAAUCAUCCUUUGACCAAAGCAUGGUUCGAGCGCUGCAAGUCAACGAUGAAGGAUUUUGAAAAAGUCAAUAAAGCGGGGUCCGAUCAAAUAAAAAUGGCUGUCAAGCAGAAACUAGGACAGUCAUCGUCAACCAUGCCUCUGAUACUCUAUGGAUAUGAGUACAGCCCUGCUGUUAGGACUGUGAACUUGAUUAUCCACGAACUUGACCUUCAGGCAGAGUUCAAGGUCGUUGACCUAACUAAAAGGGAACACCUUUCCCCAGAAUUUAUAAAGAUGAAUCCCCUUCACACAGUGCCAGUGAUUGAUGAUGAUGGAUUCAUUCUUUGGGAGAGCAAAGCCAUAAUAUGCUACCUGGCCUCCAAGUAUGCCAAGGAUGACUCUUUGUAUCCCAAAGACCUGCAGAAGAGAGCAAUUGUAGAUCAACGGCUACACUACAGCAAUGAUGUGUUCUUCGUAGCCAGGGACAUCUCAAGGGAUCUUGUAUUUUUUAACAAACCCGGGGUGACAGAUGAUGACCUGAAAAAAGUGCAACAGGCUCAAGACUAUAUUGAAAAACUGUUGGAAGGUCAAAAGUUCAUGGCUGGGGAGAACCUUACACUGGCUGACUAUUGCUACGUAACCUUGAUCGACGUGUUAGAGGUGAUCAACCCCUCUCACAGUCAUCCUUUGACCAAAGCAUGGUUCGAGCGUUGCAAGACAACGAUGAAGGAUUUUGAAAAAGUGAAUAAAGCAGGAGCCGAUCAAAUAACAAUGGCUGUCAAGCAGAAACUAGCUCAUUAAUCCUAAGGGAUAACAACUUAUAAAAGUUAAAAGAUUAUCUCUUAAGAUAAUCUAUGCGUAAAUACCCAAAUUGGGUUGUAUAAUUUUUUAAUUUUUUUACAAUAUAUUUUACCACUGUGGAUCAAAUAAAUCAUUACAAAACUAACUGAAAAUAUGAGCUUCAUAAAUGUAACGAUUAAAAAUUGUAAAAUUCAAACGUGUGAUAAUUUGUAAAUUUUAUUUCAAAUUUCUUAUUUUUAUCAAAUAAAUAUGGAAAAAAUUCAGAUACUCUAGGUAACUAUGUGUGUUAUAAAUAAAUAAAUAACAUGAUCUUUAA